AUGUCCCUGCAUCUGUUCGUGUUGAUCACAGCCUCCGUCUUGCAUUCUUGCUCCCUGAAUAUGGUCUCCACCCCAGUCCCAGACAUCGACAACCCAGGACAAUACGUCUGCGUGCGAGACACCACGGGACAGAUGGGACAGACAUGUAUCCUGCGCCGAUGUGCGCAGUGGCUCACAUCGACCUGGACUGUCAGCUCAUCGACCGCUCACGCCGCCCUGCCCGAGUCUGCUGGAUGUGCCCCCGAGCUGCCCGCCGCGGAAGAGGUGGCCCGCAACCAGCAGAUCCUGUGUUUCUACGUCGCGCCGCCGCUGAGAGCUACGAAAUCGAGACGGAAGCCGAGACAACAGCCGGUGCAGGCCUAG